AGCCCUGGGGCUGGCAAACAGACUCCACAUUUUUCUCUUUGUAACAGGAACGCCCAGGUUCCCCCAGGGAACCGGCACCUGGGAUGUCCGGCAGCCCCCAGCGGAACAGAAACUGGCUUUUGUAGAAUACCAAUAAAAACAGAGCCAACUUCCAGUACCUGCAUGGAGAAAAUGAAGGUUAGAAAGACCGAUGACAUGACAAACUUCAUGGAUGACUUAACCCUCAGCUCUCCUAAGAAAAGAGAAUCUUGUCUGAGAUCCAGAAGAAGUUGUGAUAGGUCAUCAACAAGGUCAUCUAGCAGAUCGUCUUACAGUUCACAGUCCAGUUCAAGCAGUUCCUCUUCAGCUUCCUCAAGGAGCUGGAGCCGGUCUAGAUCCAGAUCACGAUCGUGGGCUAGAAGAAAUGGUUGCCGAAGGUACGGAAGAUAUUCUCGAUCAUAUUCCAGAAGCCGGUCGAGAUCACGUGGUGGCUACAUGAGGUACCGAGGAAGGUACCGUACCAGACACUACAGGCGGUACUACCGUUCUCCUCCAAGAUACAGAUCACGCAGCAGGUCGUGGUCACGUGGAAGAUCAUGUUACAGAAGGUCCUAUUCAAGAAGCAGAUCACGUUCAAGAGGCCGAAGAUAUUAUGGAUUUGGGCGAACGGUAUAUCCUGAGGCUUACAGGAGCUGGAGAAGCAGGUCACGAACGAGAUCUCGUAGUAGAUCACCUCUGCACUUGAGUGAAAAAGAGAAGAGGGAGCUUCUGGAAAUUGCAAAAGCUAAUGCUGCAAAAGCCCUGGGGACAGAUAAGAUAGUCUUGCCAGCGAGCUUGAAGGUCAUUACUCCUUCCAAAGAGACAAAUAACAAAGAGCUAGAGCAUGAAGAUCUUGGCGAGUCAGUUGAGCAAGUGGGAAGACUGACAGAAGAUGUACCCAAAAGUGGAAUGGAGAGAGCUACCACACAGAGAAGCAUUUCUUUCAGCCCUAAUAAUACAAUGGCAAAACCAGUACUACAGAAGCCAGCAAGUCCUGCUGUUAAAGAGAUGGCAAUCUCUCCCGGAAGAGAAGUUGACAAAAAGGGAAGUCCCUAUGGGCAAUGGGUUCCUAUCAAGAAGGAGGAGAACAAGUUUUUAAACUUCUCACCUAAGAGUGCACCGUUCCGGGCACGCUAGCAUAUUUUACUUGCUGUCUCUCAGAAACUGCAGAUUAUAUGCACUUCAGUACCGAGGUCUGAAGUUUUCUGAUCAGGUUGAAGACUUGUUAAUACUGAGUAUUUAUUUAGAGAGAUUUAAUUUUGUAAUCUUAGGUUUCUCUUUCAGAUGUAGAGCACAGUGACCCAGAAGCCACAGGUGGGAAUCUUGUGUAAAUUUGUAAAUAUUUUUGUAUUGAUUAAAUGGACUAGAACUUUCAGGUGGGUAAUUUUCCUAAACAGUAGUUCAGUAACUGUUACUUUGAACACUUGAAUUCUAUUGUUUAACUGUUCACUUCAAGUAAAUAAACUUUAGUUUUGCACUGGCUUC